UGGAGGCGGAAGUGGCGGCGCCGGCCCCGGGAGUAGGAAGGAGCCGGGGCUGCAGCCGGAGUGGAGUGGCUGCCAGCCGAGGAGCAGGCGCGGCCGCGGCGCCAUAUUGCGGCCCCAAGCGGCCGCGACCGAGUCAUGGCCGAGACCUACGACUUCCUCUUCAAAUUCCUGGUGAUUGGCAGUGCAGGAACUGGCAAAUCAUGUCUCCUUCAUCAGUUCAUUGAGAAUAAGUUCAAACAGGACUCCAACCACACAAUCGGCGUGGAGUUUGGAUCUCGGGUGGUCAACGUGGGUGGGAAGACUGUGAAGCUCCAGAUUUGGGACACAGCUGGCCAGGAGCGGUUUCGGUCGGUGACACGGAGUUACUACCGAGGGGCGGCUGGAGCCCUGCUGGUGUAUGACAUCACCAGCCGGGAGACGUACAACUCACUGGCUGCCUGGCUGACGGACGCCCGCACACUGGCUAGCCCCAACAUCGUGGUCAUCCUCUGUGGCAACAAGAAAGACCUGGACCCUGAGCGUGAGGUCACCUUCCUGGAGGCCUCCCGCUUUGCCCAGGAGAAUGAGCUGAUGUUCCUGGAGACUAGCGCCCUCACGGGUGAGAAUGUGGAAGAGGCUUUCCUGAAGUGUGCCCGCACCAUCCUGAACAAGAUCGACUCAGGUGAGCUCGACCCUGAGAGGAUGGGCUCAGGCAUUCAGUACGGGGACGCCUCCCUCCGCCAGCUGCGGCAGCCUCGGAGCGCCCAGGCCGUGGCCCCUCAGCCCUGUGGCUGCUGAGACGUGUGUGCAGAGCCAGCUCACCCGUUCUCCAGGACCAGCCCUGCCCUUCUGGCUGGGGCCCAGACCCAGGCCCUGGGAGGCCGAGCCCCUCACCUGUCCUGGCCCCAGAGAAGCUGCCCCGCCACCUGUCCCCCUUCCCUGGCCUGGUGGGGCCUGGCUGAGGGGCAAGACUGAGCCACGGGGGAAGGGGGAAUCCGUACCUGCUGCUGCUUCCUCUGUCUUGGCUAACCCCUGUCCCCCCGGAACCCCUAACCAUACUCAAAGAGUUCCCAAAGCCUGAGACCAGGGCAUUUGGCCCCAGCUCCCCGCCAUUGCGAGUACGUGUUAUUUAUUGCCUGGAGGCCUGUCCAGUCCCCACUCCACCCCCAUAAAGCAUUGUUUACACCUG